AUGUAUGCAUUUUUUUAUUUUAUCGUGUUAGAGUUUGUUGUUUAUAAAUUCGAAUGUUACAAUAGAGUACGGGAGUUAAGUGCGAACAAUUUGAACGUCAAUGAAUUAGAAAACAAUGUGAAGAAUAUCAUAAAACCAAUAAAAAAAUUGUCUGAUAUAUUUCCAAACCACGAUAUUGAAGUGCAAUUUGACAUAGAGCAGACACAAUAUCAUCCUACUGGACAAGCCGGCAGUCUUAAAUCACACAAAGAAGUCCGACUAAAUAAUUCAGUGUUCCUUAAUAACUUAGCCAGGCCAUCUGCUUUUGGAAGGCUGGGCUUCACAACCAAAAAAUAUCGUCCAACGUCGCCCUACUCUUACAGACCAGAAAAAGGAGUUAUUUACAAGGAUUUACCAAUAAGGAGAUCAAACGAUCUUACAUCCACUUUAGCCGCUACUACUAUUGAAGCGACCCUAAAAACUAUAGAUUCUGACAAAGAAAUUGUUUAUGUGAAAGAUUUGAAAAUGGCUCUUGAAAAUUUGGAAAAGAAACUGCUUAGACUCAAAGAUGAAAAAAAUUGUAAUCAGCAAGAACCAAGAAAUUUAUUGCCACUUUCUCCAAAAAUUAGUGUUGACAAUACAACUUUAAACAAUAUUCUAAAUACUUUAGAAAAACAUGGAUUGCAAAAAUAUACAUCUAAGCCAAGCGACGAAGAUCUUAGUUGGUUAAAAAUUAAGUUUCCAGUUUGAGAAUCUAAUAAAGCAAUUAGUACUUAUUUAACGAAUAUACCUUG